AUGGCUCCCCGCCUGCUCACUGCCGCGCUCCUCCUCACCCUCUUCGCGGUGUCUGCUUUCGCCAACGACUGCGAGAUAUGCCGCGCCAGCAACCCGAGUGACUGCGACCGCGGCGGUGUGGCCACUCUCAACGGGAACCCAAAUUACAUCCAAGGCCAUGGUGUUACCUCAUGCGCCCAGGCCUACCAGUACGUCACCUGCGGCGACUGCAAGAACGGCCAGGGCAUAAAGAUUGAUGACUGCUGCACGUUGGCAUGCAAGGACGAGGGACAGGGCAACGUGAAGGCGCACUGCCUGUGCGGCCCCCCUAAGGAUAACCCUGGGGCAGACCACGACGGUCAGCAAACCCCAGUCACGACUGGCGCCUGUGCCGACCCCCACUUCCGCGGCGCUUUCGGCAUCCAGUACGACUUCCAUGGCCUACCUGACAGAGACUUCAACCUGAUCACCGACCAAGGCCUGACCAUGAACGCGCACUUCAUCGGGCAGGACGGCCUCGAGACCGGCUUCGACGGCACCUGGAUGUCCGCCCUCGGCUUCAUGUGGGCCGAGAAGGGCGCGGUCCGCUCCGCCACAUUCACGGUCAAGGAGGGCUCCGCCGCGUUCACCGAAUCCGCGCCGUUCGUCAUCGAGAUAGACGGCCAGGAGCUGCACCCCGAGUCCUUCCUCGCCUCCGUCCAGAGCCAGGAGGCAAUCCUCUUCGAAGACGAGGGCCUCUCCAUCAAGGUCGCGCCGUUUGCCUACUCGUUCCGCGUCAGCAUCCGCGAGCACAUUGACAUCAUCGUGACGGCAGCAACCCACGAGCACCCCGCGGGCAACCACAUCGACAUCGGGAUCAGCAAGCUCAACGUCACUGGCACCGUCCACGGCGCUCUCGGCCAGACCUUCGCCGCGCACCGCGCCGAGGCGCUCAAGGCCGCGGCCGCCAUAGCCGGGAGCGACAUCAAGUUCGACGCGGCUGACGUCAUCGAGGGCAAGGACGUCGACUACAUGACGACAUCCCUGCUCAGCACCGACUUCGUGUACAACCGCUUCAAGCCCAUGCACGCCGGCCCCUUCUCCAAGAUCAACGUCAUCGCGCGCAAGCUGCUGCGCCUCUCGACCGUCGAUCAGACGGAAUCGACGGUGGAUGGCGAGCUGGCGUGCAAGAACAUGCGCGGCGGGGGGCUUGUGUGCUUCAGCUAG